GUCUUCCGUUUACCGGCGUUCGAUUUUUGAAUAACGUAUACUAUUUUCUUAAAUAAAAUAAUAAUUAAAAAAAAUUGUUAAUUAUUUCCAUCUUUUAAAAGUUAGAAAUCUCUACGGAGUUUGUGGUAUCACAGUGAUCUUUUUCUGUUUUUGGCACUAUAUUCGGCCAACAACAACCAACUCACCCUUUGUUAGAGAGUGUUGCUUCAACAACGUUGAUUGUGCACGCGCCAUUUUCAUUGAGUUUAAAACAAAGCUUAAGUCGUUGAUUCUUUGUUUAUUUUCACUCUAAACAAAUAUGAGUUCUCCAGCAAAUGCCACUGACGUUGAGAGGAACGCCGUCGAUAAAGAAAAAGGAGCAGGAGAUAAAUCAGAAUCCCUCAAAAGACCGGCAUCAGAUUUAAAUGAUACUGGAAAGGAAGAAGCAAAACAGAAAUUACAGAAGACAGACAAAGCUAGUGAAGAAAAUGGUGAAUCAGAACAUAAGGAAGAGGAGGGUGAAGAUGAAUCUAGCAAAGAUGAUGAUGACGAUGUAGGGCCAGAAGGGGAAGGAGAUGACUUUGAUGAAGAAGAGGGCGAUGAAGAUGGAGCAGAAGAUGAUGCAGAGGAUGAUGAUGAUGAUGAUGCGUAAAAUUCGUUUUUCACGAAUUAAUAUUCAUUUUCCAUUCAUAACAUUAUGUAAACACGAUUUUUUUCACCUUUAUUGACAUGUACAAAAUCAGCACAUUUUGUAUUAAAAAUUUUCGUAAUGCAU